AAGAGAAAAGAGAGAAAAUAACAAUAUUUGCCACUUGCUACGGGUAAGCUGUCCCCGUGUGGUUCCCCGUUUCCUGGCUAUUUAAGGCCUCCCAUCCCCUCCUACCCUUUCCUUCCUCCCAUCGGCACGCCCAUCCCGCUCCUCUCAUAAUCCUGAGAGUUUCUUCUUUUGUUUUAUUUUUAUUUCUUGGUAGGAGUAACAAUAGUUUUGGCUCUCCUCCUUUCUCUCCCCCUGUAUCCAAGGAGAGAAAUCCAGAGGCGAAGCUUCAGGGUCUGUAAAUUUUCCGGAUCUAAUCAACUAACCGAAAAAACCCAAAAAAGAAACCAUGAGCCACUUCGCCGCCAUGAAGAGCCCCGUCCCGGUCGCCGCCGCUGCCGCUGCCGCCACCGACGCGAAGAGCCCGCUCUUCUGCCCCAAGCCGCGCCGCCCGGUCGCGCCCCUCCGGUGCCACCAGAGCGGCCACUCUGACGCGGGCGCCGGCAUGGAUCUGCUCGACCUCCUCCUAUCAAAGGGCGACGAGAGCAAUCUUUCCGCGGCGUCCCCUCAGCCGCCGCUGUUCUGUGGCUCGCCUCCGCGGCGGGCCUCGAACCCGGUGGUCCACGACAGCCGGUUCGGCAUGGACUGCCCGUCCAGUCCCCUGCCAUGGUGGCCGGUGAUGUCGCCGGUCACGCCAGCGCCGGUGGUGGUCCGUCCCACCCCACGCCCGGCGGGACCGCCGAUGUCGCCCCGUUCCUCGGCUGGGUGCGCUCGCGUGUUCCAGCCAGCCGUCCGCGUCGAGGGUUUUGACUGCCUCGACGGUGGCCGUAGCGGCCGUGGCCAUGGCAUCGCCGCCAUGGUCUAGAUGCACAUACAACAUCGAAUAACCAGGAAAUCUUCUCCCCUCAGUAGUGCAAAAGCUUUGGGAGGGAGAGAGAUGAGAGUGAGGAGAUGAGUGAGAGGAGCUUAAGUCCAAAAUUUAACCCCUAAAAACUAUAUAAUCCAUCAAUCAAAUCCCAUAAGUAUAAUGAGUCUAGGUAAUUUUACCACAAAUCUUUUUGUAUGUAAAUAAAUUUCAGGUUCAGAUGCAGGUGCCCUUCAUGUAAAUUUGGGAGCUCUAGUUUGGGGGGACGGGGUAGAAGAAAUCUAGAAGGGGGGAUCUGGGACAGAGGGCACGAGAAACACGAAGUUUAGCCCUCUUUGUAUGAAUCAAUUUUUUCAUGAGUCCCUUUGCCUUCCUUCUGGAUUAGUCAUUCAAUUAGGUUGGAGGGAGGGGUUGGGAAUUAGUUAGGUACCUGUCCUAGUUCAUCUGUCAUCAUGCUUAUUUUUGGUUUAUGAUGGAAUUGUUUUUGUCCAUGCAACCAAGAAAUCCAGGGCCAGCAAGGCCAUGGAGAUGUGUACAAAAGAGUGGCUACCAGAAGAGAAGAGAGAGCAGCUAGGUUUAAGUCAAGUCAAUGAGUGAGUUGUGUGAGAGGCAUGAAUGAUGUAUUCCUGAUAUCGUUUUCUCUGUAUAUGUAAUAUAUCGUUUCAUUGAAGCAAUAUGUGUAAUAUCUCA